AUGGCGGAAAACAAAGGAGGCGGCGGCGGCGGGGAGGGGGCCGCGGAGGCCGGGCCGGGGGGGGGCGGGGGCCUGGAGCCCCCCGCCGCGUCCCCCUCGGUCGCCGCGCCGCCCGCGCCCAUCCCCGCGCCGCCCGAGGAGCAGGAGAACCCGGGCGCGGCCGCAGUGGAGCGCGCUCCCGGGGAGGCGGAGGCCGAGGCGGCGGCGGGGCCUGGGGCCCCCCCGGGGCCAGGCCCCAGCCCGGUGCCGCCGCUGACGCCGGCAGCACCGGGGCCUUUCUCACUGCUGGACACUUGCGCCGUGUGCGCGCAGAGCCUGCAGAGCCGGCGUGAGGCCGAGCCCAAGCUGCUGCCCUGCCUGCACUCCUUCUGCCGCCGCUGCCUGCCCGAGCCGGAGCGGCAGCUCAGCGUGCCCGUGCCCGGCGGCGCCAACGGCGACAUCCAGCAAGUUGGUGUAAUCAGAUGUCCAGUAUGUCGCCAGGAAUGCAGACAGAUUGACCUGGUGGAUAACUACUUUGUAAAAGACACAUCAGAAGCACCAAGUAGCUCUGAUGAGAAAUCAGAACAGGUGUGUACAAGCUGUGAAGAUAACGCUAGCGCUGUUGGGUUUUGUGUGGAAUGUGGGGAAUGGCUGUGCAAAACCUGUAUAGAAGCUCAUCAGCGAGUAAAAUUUACUAAAGAUCAUAUGAUUAGAAAAAAAGAGGAUGUAUCUUCAGAGGCUGUGGGAGCAUCUGGUCAACGUCCUGUCUUCUGUCCUGUCCACAAACAAGAACAAUUAAAACUUUUUUGUGAAACAUGUGACAGGCUGACAUGCAGAGACUGCCAGUUACUGGAGCACAAAGAACACAGGUACCAAUUUCUGGAAGAAGCUUUCCAGAACCAGAAGGGUGCAAUUGAGAACCUAUUGGCCAAACUUCUUGAAAAGAAGAAUUAUGUAAAUUUUGCAGCUACCCAAGUUCAGAAUAGGAUAAAAGAAGUAAAUGAAACUAACAAACGAGUAGAACAGGAAAUCAAAGUGGCUAUAUUCACCCUCAUCAAUGAAAUCAAUAAAAAGGGAAAAUCUCUCUUACAGCAGCUUGAGAAUGUAACAAAGGAGAGACAGAUGAAGUUAAUACAACAACAAAAUGACAUCACUGGUCUUUCGCGGCAAGUGAAGCAUGUGAUGAACUUUACUAAUUGGGCCAUUGCAAGUGGCAGCAGUACUGCCUUGCUGUAUAGUAAACGACUGAUAACAUUCCAGUUGCGUCAUAUUUUAAAGGCACGUUGUGAUCCUGUCCCAGCUGCCAAUGGAGCAAUACGCUUCCAUUGUGAUCCUACUUUCUGGGCAAAAAACGUCGUCAAUUUAGGUAAUCUUGUUAUUGAAAACAAGCCAACUCCUAGUUACACUCCUAAUGUAGUAGUUGGACAGUCUCCCCCAGGAACAAACCAUGUCAACAAAACUCCAGGACAAAUAAAUCUAGCACAGCUGCGACUUCAGCAUAUGCAGCAGCAGGUGUAUGCACAAAAACAUCAGCAACUGCAGCAGAUGAGGAUGGGACAGCCAGCUGGGUCAGUUCCCAGGCAAACGGGUCCUCAAAUCUUACAGCAGCAGCCUCCCAGGUUGAUCAGCAUGCAGACCAUGCAGAGGGGUAACAUGAACUGUGGGGCUUUCCAAGCACAUCAGAUGAGAAUGGCUCAGAAUGCUGCUCGUAUACCAGGAAUACCACGCCACAGUGGACCACAAUACUCCAUGAUGCAACCGCACCUCCAAAGACAACAUUCUAACCCUGGGCAUGCAGGGCCUUUUCCAGUUGUUUCUGUGCACAAUACCACUAUUAAUCCAACUAGUCCUACUACAGCAACAAUGGCAAAUGCAAACCGUGGUCCAACAAGUCCAUCUGUUACAGCAAUUGAACUCAUUCCCUCUGUAACAAACCCAGAGAAUUUACCAUCCCUGCCAGAUAUCCCACCCAUCCAGCUUGAAGAUGCUGGUUCAAAUAAUUUAGAUAACCUCCUAAGUAGAUAUAUUUCAGGGAGCCACCUACCCCCGCAACCUACAAGUACCCUGAAUCCCUCCCCAGGACCUUCAGCGCUAUCUCCAGGCUCAUCAGGUUUAUCCAACUCCCACACUCCUGUGAGACCACCUAGCACUUCCAGCACAGGUAGCAGAGGAAGCUGUGGCUCCUCAGGAAGAAAUGCUGAGAAAACUAACAUGAACUUCAAGUCUGACCAAGUGAAAGUCAAGCAGGAGCCAGGAACAGAGGAAGAAUUAUGCAGUUUCUCAGGAACAGUAAAACAGGAAAAAACAGAGGAUGGCAGAAGGAGCGCUUGCAUGCUUAGCAGUCCUGAGAGCAGCAUGACACCACCAUUGUCAACUAAUUUGCAUCUGGAAAGUGAACUGGAAGCCUUAGGAAGUCUGGAAAAUCAUGUGAAAACUGAACCAGCAGAAUUAAAUGAAAGUUGCAAACAAUCUGGACAUAACCUUGUAAAUGGAAAAUCUCCGGUGCGAAGUCUAAUGCAUCGGUCAGCUAGAACUGGAGGAGAAGGCAAUAACAAAGAGGAUGAUCCAAAUGAAGACUGGUGUGCUGUAUGCCAAAAUGGAGGGGACCUAUUAUGUUGUGAAAAGUGCCCCAAAGUGUUUCAUCUGACUUGUCAUGUACCAACACUCCUCAGCUUUCCAAGUGGGGAGUGGAUAUGUACGUUCUGCAGAGACCUCAGUAAGCCAGAGGUAGAAUAUGAUUGUGACAAUUCUCAACACAGUAAGAAAGGGAAAACAGCACAAGGCCUCAGUCCUAUGGACCAAAGGAAAUGUGAACGUCUCCUGCUUUACCUGUAUUGUCACGAGCUGAGCAUUGAAUUUCAAGAGCCAGUUCCAGCCUCGAUACCAAACUACUAUAAAAUUAUAAAGAAACCAAUGGAUUUAUCUACAGUGAAAAAGAAACUGCAAAAGAAACAUUCUCAACAUUACCAAACUCCUGAAGAUUUUGUGGCAGAUGUCCGGUUGAUCUUCAAGAACUGUGAAAGGUUUAAUGAAAUGAUGAAAGUUGUUCAAGUUUAUGCAGAAACACAAGAGAUUAAUUUGAAGGCUGAUUCAGAAGUAGCACAGGCAGGGAAGGCAGUUGCAUUAUACUUUGAAGAUAAACUUACAGAGAUCUACCCAGACAGGACCUUCCAGCCUUUGCCUGAAUUUGAGCAGGAAGAGGAUGAUGGUGAAAUAACUGAGGACUCCGAUGAAGAUUUUAUACAACCACGUAGAAAACGUCUAAAAUCAGAUGAGAGACCCGUGCAUAUAAAGUAAUCUAAUAAUAUGGACCUAAAUUUAUUGUAAAAACUGUUAUUUAAGUGUUCUGGAAUAUUAUCAUGCCUACAGUGGCCAUCUUGAAGCUGAUAGCUUUUUAAACAGUAUUAGA